AGUAAUAGAUACAGAUUAUAUUAACAGUCAUAUGAACAGUGUAGUAGGUGCUCUGACAAGAAUAAUGAACUGCAAAAUUAGUGAAUGUGAUGAAGCUGAUCAUGUCCGCCAUCAUAUGUUUGUAAAGAGUCCGGCAGAUAUGUAUGGGAAAUACAUUAAACAGUACUUCUUUGGAAGAAAAUUUUUAAGUUCUCUGGAAAUGGAACAUCUACAAACAGUUCUCCAAAAUGAAAUGUUCUGCAGCAAACCUUUGCAUGGAUCAAUUUUCACUCGAUACAGAACCUUCCAAAAUCUUAAAAAUGAAGAAUUGGAAAGUAUCUUAAUAAAUAGUCCACUAAUGGCAGUUCACUAUUUCUCACUCAUUUUACUAAAGGAAGCAAUCGUAUAUCUUAUUUGCACAAAAACAGGAUUGCCAUAUGAAGAGGCUGAUACAAGAUGUUCAUCAACAGAGUGUUCAGUAAAGGAUCUCCAUCUAUAAGUGACUGUAAAAUAUAUUAAAUCAGAGUUUUAUGUGUACUUUCUAAAAAUUAAUUAUGCCAUACAAUAAAACAAUAAUUUAUUCUUUGUAAGUUAGUAUGGUGAUAAAUGUUGCAGCUCGUACAGAAAAAAUACAUAACCCGCAUAAGUGGGUUACCGGUAUGUUUAUUUUAACUGCAAUAGCUGCAACGUUAAUUCCUGUACUUAUAACUAAGAAAGACAUUUUAUUGUUUAUCUUAUGUUUGGGAUAUGUUGUACAGUGACUGGGUUAUUUUGUUCUGUGACUGUGAUAUGAUGAACAGUGACUGGGUUAUGUUGUGCAUUGACUGGGUUAUGGUGUACAGUGACUAGGUUAUGUAGUGCAGCGACUGAAUUAUGAUGAACAGUGACUGGGUUAUGUUCUACAGUGGUUAUGGUGUACAGUGACUGGGUUAUGUUGUACAGUGACUGGGUUAUGUUGUACAGUGACAAGGUUAUGUUGUGUAGUGACUGAGGUAUGUAGU